AGACAGUUCAACAUCAAGCGACCUCUUUACAAUAUAAGUCGGAAAGGAUGAACGAGCGGUCCGUUGUCUCCGCGGUUUAAAAAAAUAACGAGACAUAUAUGCGAGUGUAUUUCCGUGUAUUGUUACAGUAGCUAGCGAAACCUAAUAAGCUCCGGUUCUCCGGUUAAUCGGGAAGCUUCAGUAAAAAAGAGGUUUUAUAACGAGUUCCAAAGCAUUGUGCCGGGCCCAUUGUAGUGUAGGUCUCUCGCUGCGGGGAAAAUGCUCCGAGUUCUGAGAUGACGGUUUUCAGUACUGAAGUGUGUUUUUAAUCGUUAUUGUUGUAAUAUUACUGUUCCCGGAAUAUGGUGGUGAAUGCUACGUCGUGUCAGCUAGCUUCGUUUUUCAUUGGGAUAGCUGAAGUAUGUUUCAUGACGGCCCCUGUCGGUCAGUGCGACUACUGCUGCCCGAGAGAUGACGCCACCGAUAUCAUUUACAAAUUAUAUACUAGGACAAAUCCAACAGCAUUUGAAGUCAUACCACCGAAUGAUGUGAACGCAUUGAGGAGAACAGCGUUUAACUUCGCCAAUCCCACCGUCAUCUACCUGAUGGGGUUCUCCGAGUCCACUGGAGGAGUCGGAACCACUACUGUUAAAAAUGCUCACCUAGCAGCUGGUGACUACAAUUUUAUAGCAGUUGACUGGUCCAGGCUCAUCGUGUUUCCAUGGUAUAUUUCAGCAGUCCGCAACUCAAAAUACAUGGGUCGUCGGCUCUCCUCCUUCAUUCAAUUCCUGAACAAUGUUGGAGUACCAGUGUCCACCAUACAUGUGGUCGGAUUCUCCUUGGGCGCAGAGGCCGCAGGGUUCGCCGGCAAGGACUUGAGGGCAAGAGGACUCCUGCUUGGAAGGAUAACUGGUCUAGAUCCAGCUUACCCUGGGUACAGCCUCUCCAACAACGACGGCCACCUCGCCAAAGGAGACGCGGCCUUCGUGGACGUACUCCACACAAACCCUGGGAUCUUCGGGUUCCUCACGCCUAUCGGUGACGUGGACUUCUAUGCGAACCCUGGCAGCUGGAUCCAGCCCGGCUGCUGGGUGGACGAGCUUAUCAGGAACCGGGAGUUUAGGUUCGUUUAUGCAUGUAGCCACAUACGCUCUUGGCGACUGUACUCCGAGUCCCUGAGCAACCCACGAGGGUUUCCCGCGACCCUCUGCCCCGACUGGACUUCAGCCACCAGGCCGUGCAGCUUCCAAGUACACGGCUACAUGGGCAUCGCAGCUGCUCCACCAAUAACGGGUAAAAUGUACUUCAAAACAAAUUCCAGACCGCCAUUUGCAAGGAAUGGUCCCUAGAUCGAGAUAAAAAUAACUAGUGUAA